AUGCCAGGGGUCCAGCAGCGCCUCACAGGGGGCUUCUCCCUGCAGGAGGCUCCAGCCUUCUCAGCUGAGGUCUGCAGGCACCAGGUUUCCACGGGCACCACUGAGAUGCUGGAAGGCAGAGAUGGCCGACAGCGCCCACCCGCCCACACGGCCGGGGUGGCCACGCAGGCCCGGAAGACAGGUGGCUGUCUGGUCCUGCGGCGCGGCCGGUAUCCGGCAACACUCAGCCGGAGUGAGGACGACGCCGGCGUGGACGGGGAGGAUGCUGGCCCUCAGCGCCACGUCGCGGAGGGCACCUCCGAGGAGCCGGGGGAGUCCCGCGUGGGCGCAGCUGCCCAGAGGGGGACAAUCCUUACCCUUUACAGAAUGUGCUGGGAUGGGGGAAAAGAGGAGGCGGGAGCUCCAAACCCCUCCAACACUGUCAGAGGGCCGAGUCCACGACCCACUCGGAGCCCGCGCCUCACCUCCGCCGUCCACUGGCCUUUCCGAGCCUCCCACCGGCGGCCGUGCGCCCGGGCCCGCCCCCCACCUCCGCCGUCCACGACCCGCCCCGAGUCCCCCAGGCGGCCGUGCGCCCGGGCCCGCCCCCCACCUCCGCCGUCCACGACCCACUCGAGCCCCUUCCCCCGGCGGCCGAGCGCCCGGGCCCGCCCCCCACCUCCGCCGUCCACGACCCACUCGAGCCCCUUCCCCCGGCGGCCGAGCGCCCGGGCCCGCCCCCCACCUCCGCCGUCCACGACCCACUCGAGCCCCUUCCCCCGGCGGCCGUGCGCCCGGGCCCGCCCCCCACCUCCGCCGUCCACGACCCGCCCCGAGUCCCCCAGGCGGCCGUGCGCCCGGGCCCGCCCCCCACCUCCGCCGUCCACGACCCACUCGAGCCCCUUCCCCCGGCGGCCGUGCGCCCGGGCCCGCCCCCCACCUCCGCCGUCCACGACCCGCCCCGAGUCCCCCAGGCGGCCGUGCGCCCGGGCCCGCCCCCCACCUCCGCCGUCCACGACCCACCCCGAGCCCCUUCCCCCGGCGGCCGUGCGCCCGGGCCCGCCCCUCACCUCCGCCGUCCACGACCCACCCCGAGUCCCCCCGGCGGCCGUGCGCCCGGGCCCGCCCCCCACCUCCGCCGUCCACGACCCGCCCCGAGUCCCCCAGGCGGCCGUGCGCCCGGGCCCGCCCCCCACCUCCGCCGUCCACGACCCACUCGAGCCCCUUCCCCCGGCGGCCGAGCGCCCGGGCCCGCCCCCCACCUCCGCCGUCCACGACCCACUCGAGCCCCUUCCCCCGGCGGCCGUGCGCCCGGGCCCGCCCCCCACCUCCGCCGUCCACGACCCGCCCCGAGUCCCCCAGGCGGCCGUGCGCCCGGGCCCGCCCCCCACCUCCGCCGUCCACGACCCACUCGAGCCCCUUCCCCCGGCGGCCGUGCGCCCGGGCCCGCCCCCCACCUCCGCCGUCCGCGACCCGCCCCGAGUCCCCCAGGCGGCCGUGCGCCCGGGCCCGCCCCCCACCUCCGCCGUCCACGACCCACCCCGAGCCCCUUCCCCCGGCGGCCGUGCGCCCGGGCCCGCCCCUCACCUCCGCCGUCCACGACCCACCCCGAGUCCCCCCGGCGGCCGUGCGCCCGGGCCCGCCCCCCACCUCCGCCGUCCACGACCCGCCCCGAGUCCCCCAGGCGGCCGUGCGCCCGGGCCCGCCCCCCACCUCCGCCGUCCACGACCCGCCCCGAGCCCCUUCCCCCGGCGGCCGUGCGCCCGGGCCCGCCCCUCACCUCCGCCGUCCACGACCCACUCGAGCCCCUUCCCCCGGCGGCCGUGCGCCCGGGCCCGCCCCCCACCUCCGCCGUCCACGACCCGCCCCGAGUCCCCCAGGCGGCCGUGCGCCCGGGCCCGCCCCCCACCUCCGCCGUCCACGACCCACUCGAGCCCCUUCCCCCGGCGGCCGUGCGCCCGGGCCCGCCCCCCACCUCCGCCGUCCACGACCCGCCCCGAGUCCCCCCGGCGGCCGUGCGCCCGGGCCCGCCCCCCACCUCCGCCGUCCACGACCCACCCCGAGCCCCUUCCCCCGGCGGCCGUGCGCCCGGGCCCGCCCCUCACCUCCGCCGUCCACGACCCACCCCGAGUCCCCCCGGCGGCCGUGCGCCCGGGCCCGCCCCCCACCUCCGCCGUCCACGACCCGCCCCGAGUCCCCCAGGCGGCCGUGCGCCCGGGCCCGCCCCCCACCUCCGCCGUCCACGACCCACCCCGAGCCCCUUCCCCCGGCGGCCGUAACAGACACGUGCAGCGGGCCAAAGUGGCGGAAGGUUCUCUCCCUGGCCAGGGAACGUGGCUGGGCUGA